GUAAGGAAGUUGCAGUAGUACUGUUUAGCACUAGCAUUUUUAGUGUUUUUUAUUAGUGUUAUGGAUGACUUGAUAAUUGGGAUCGAUCUGGGUACAACAAAUUCCUGUGUUUCACUAUAUACAAACGGAAGAAUAAAAAUUUUAGAAAACGAAUCCGGCUUAAGAAUCACACCUUCUUUUAUAUACGUCUCACCUAACGGAGAAAUCGCCAUUGGAGAACAUGGCAAAAAGAUGUCCAAGCAUAAACCAGAAAAUGGAAUUUAUGAAAUGAAACGACUCGUGGGCCGACAGUUCGACGACCCCCAACUCCAGGAAAGUUUAAAAUAUUUUCCCUUCAAAGUAAUAGCGAGCCGUUCAAACUUUCCGUUGAUUUCUGUUAAACAAAGAACGGGCAGGGUGAAGAAGUCUCCGCAAGAAUUGUACACAAUGCUCCUGAAAGAGUUAAAAAAAUAUACCGAAGAAAAACUCAAACAAACUAUCAACAAAGCGGUGAUAACUGUCCCUGCCUAUUUCAACGUCACCCAACGGCAAGUAACUUUGGAGGCCGCAAAAGACGCCGGAUUUACAGUCUUGAAACUUCUAAACGAACCUACUGCCGCUGCUUUGGCUUACUAUUUUGACAAUGACAUCGAAGGAACACACCGUUCGCUGGUGUACGAUUUAGGAGGUGGCACUUUCGAUGUUGCAGUGUUAGAGAAACGUUUCGAAAAAAUAGAAGUGCUUUGCGUAGCCGGAGACACCCAAUUAGGAGGACACGACAUUGACACUAGUCUUUUGAAUUACGUUUACCGAAUACUUCGAACCCAGUAUGGUUACGACCCGGCGGCCGAUCCGGACGAUAAAAAAAGGUUACGCAUCAAAUGCGAAGAAGCAAAAAAAGAACUGUCGACACUUACAGAAACUGUGAUUUUCAUAAACGGAUUGGUCCCGAAAUAUCCGAGAAUCAAAAUAAGUCUGACGAGAAAAAAGUUCGAGGAGAUGGCGGACAAGUUAUUCAGAAGAACGAUAGCUAUUCUUGACAAAUGUUUACAAUUUUCAAAUAUUUCGAAACGAUCGAUCCAAGAAAUUAUUUUAUGUGGUGGUUCCACUAGAAUACCGAAAAUUCAAAAACUAAUUUCUGAUUACUUCGAAGGAAAAGAAUUGAACAAGUUCGUCAAUCCGGAUGAAUGUGUGGCCGAAGGAGCAGCUUUACAAGCGGCCAUGUUGUCGACGAAUCGGAAGCAAAAAAUCGAUGAACUUCAGAUGGUCGACGUCGUUCCUCUGUCCAUAGGUACUCGAGGACACAGUUGUUGUGACGACAUGGUGUUUUUGAUUAAAAGAGGUUCGAAGCUACCCACCAGUGCAAGUCAAACUUACAUAAACAUUGAAACUGAUGAAACCACUUUUUCGUUUGACAUAUAUGAAGGAGAACGGUUAGAUAUUAGAAAAAAUCGCCAUUUAGGCACAGUCUCACUAACUAACGUAGAAAAGGCACCACCUCUUCAGAAACAGGUAAUUUUUACUUUGUUCAUCGACCAAAACGGUAUACUAACCGCACAAGCCACGGAAAAGUUUCGCGAUAAUACAAAGACGGUAAAUGUAAAUUACACCUGUGGAGACCGAAGUGAUGGCGAGAUUCGAAACUCUGUGUUGGAUGCUGCAGAAAACAAGAAACAUGAUGGCAAGUUUAUACGUUUUAUACAGUUUAAGAAGUAUUUGAUUCAAUAUUGCAUAGGUAUCAUGUAUAAUUUGAAUGAAAAAUCGUUAAAGAGCAAAUACAAAGAUCUGUACAAUUUUUGUAAAGUUACUAAAAAAACUGCAGAAACUUUAGAAAUGGAUGAUGAAGUUCACACAAAAGAACUUAUUGCAGAGUGUGAACAACGAUGUAAAUACAUAGUAAAAACUUAUAAUUUCGAUUGUAUGCCUAGAGAUUAUGGUCAUUUGUUAUUUUCGUAAAUUAAA